AUGGAUUUCUGGCAUGUGCGUCCGAAAAUAGCAGCAGCCUUUCGGGGUUUGUCAACUCACAGUCAAGGGGAAACUGAUGUCGACGACUUGCUAGGGCGACUGUGCUACCCCCCUCGUACAGCCUCAUCGGACAAACCCCCGCGAAUAGACUCAGAGAAGUUCGUUGAAAUAGCGAAGCUCCUGAAAACAAUCGACAAGCAGCAUGGCAGACCCAACCACAGCGCUUGGGCAAUGCGGCCCAGAACGUAUUGCGUUUUGAGAAAUAUUGAACGACUUGAUCUUUUAGACGUUUUUUCUCAUGAGGGGUUGACGGACUUCAACUUGCCGUACAGCGACAAUACUCUCCCCGACUUUGUACAAGGACCGGAGUUGAGGGAGAAGUUCUUUCUGAGCCAAAUCUGCGUCCUAACAGAUGCGAGAACGUUCGAAGAACCAGGUGGGCCCCAUGUGAGCAUUGACGGCAAUGCGCAGCAGCAUUUCCAUCAUAAAAGAGAUUUGGGCCAAGGAGGCUUUGGCGCCGUCGACGAGGUCAUGAGCCGCUUGAGUUUGAAAUCCUAUGCGCGAAAACGAGUUGUUAGAGGCGACAAUAAUUCACUUAAAAACAGAAGAGCGCAAAAAUAUCUGAUCGAAGAAUUAAACACUCUUAAGGCCUUAUCUCAUCGCCAUCUAGUGCGGUACAUCGGCUCUUAUACAGAUGAAGACCAUAUCGCAUUUCUUAUGGCACCGGUGGCCGACUGCAACCUGAGGAACUUUUUGCACAACAUUUCAAACUUUCCAGCUUUCUCGGUUUCUUUGAGAUACUUCUACGGCUUAAGUGACAAGAAAGUACAGCCGUUUGUCUGGGAUAGGAUUCGUGCCACGUACGAUUGGUUGGACGUUCUGAGAGAGGAUAACACAAGCGCAGAGCAGGAUAAUGAAGUCCUCACGUGGACAAGGGACUUAUUAAAAAAGCAACCAAAAGAGCGGUUAAGUUCCAGCCAGCUGAUGCACCGCAUUUCGCAUUCGCCGUCGUUUCAUUCCUUUUGCUGCUUUGAAUGCUGGCCAGACUAUGAAAGAAACGAUCGCCUACCCAAAGAACUCCCAAGCGAGGAGAUGGCCGCGAUCGGCGCAAUGGAUGUAAACGAUCAGGUCACUGCUCUUUUCGAACAGGAGCCCUUUGAUGGUUCAAAAGUUGAAGAAACUGAGAGACAUCAAACGAUUGAAGAUUGGAUUAACUCGACCCGUACCGAAUCAGUAAAUUUUCGAACACUAUCCCACAAUGAUACGCGGAGUGGAUUAUCUACAGAAUUCACUCCCAACUUUAUCAUAAAUCAGGAUACGGAAGAACCAUUCCAUGAUGGCAAUGAAGGAGAAUUGAAGGAAGAAGAAAAAACCAUAUUGGCACAGCCGCUCCCAGCCAAUGAUGAUACCCUGAUGGCUGAAGAUAACCCGCCACCAUCACUUUCAGUUCCUGGAAGCUUUCCACAAUUUGAUUACGAAGAUGACCAUGAUGUGAUUGCGACUCCAAAAGUCUCUUCUGAUGAAAGUAACGGGGAUUCAAUAUCUGAAUUGGCCCGGAUAUCGACUAUUGAACACAAUCCAUGGGCUCAGGAAGACGAUACGUCCCAUACAGGAAUAAAAUAUAUGCCUGCAAUAUCCACAAAGGAGAAUGACCAUGAUCAAAACUUGGACCUGAAUCAGAAUUCAUAUGAACUUUUGAAAGGAACUCAAGACAUUCCAUCCCUGGAAGACUUUCAUUCUUCCACCGUCUUGGUAGAUGUAUUCGGACCGAAUGUGUGGGAUGAUACCGUAGAAUGGGAAACUGCCCCUGAAAGCGUUUUCUCAGUGGAGUCCAACCAUUCAAAGAAGACCAUCGGUACCAAACCUACUAUAGAGGAGCCCUAUCAAGAGCCCACGAACGAGACAAGUGUGCAACGAAAUCUUUCUAUCCCUACUCUUCCUGGGUCAAAAGAAAUAGAAUCUCGAAACAUAAAACAAGAGUACACAUGCGCCAGAAAAGAUGUCGAUGUCAUAGAUAUUACAAGUGAUCAAGAGGUAGCUACUGUGCCUCUUGAAGAAAAGACUAAAGAUCCCUUGGCGAUAUCCGUUGAAGUUAAAGAAGACCAUGAUAGUCGCAAGAGAGAAUCCUCCUCGUCUACCAGAUCUGAAAAAAGGGCCGACUCAUCGGGAAGUCUGCCGAAGCCACAUGACACACAGAAUGCACCGGAAGCAAGCACAAGCCCAAUGAAGAGGGAAGUUGAUAAAAGCCAUGACAGUCAGAAAAGAAAAGCCUCUUCAUCAAGUAUAUCUGCAGAAAAGGCGAAGUCAUUGGAAAAUGCAUUAGUAUUCCUGUCAAAUGACUAUGAUUCCUCCACAACCGAUAUUGAAGAAUCUGGACCUGGAAUCCAACUGAUUACAGACUCGACCAGGAACAACAAAAGUAAGAAAUUAUGGGAUAUGCAAGAUGGAAUAUUAACAAUCAAGAAAAAAGAGACUAACGACAAAGAAAAAUCUGCAAAGACAGAAAAACUUUCUCUCUUGAAUAUCGCUAUACUCAAUGCAGCGCAGAAGAAGUCGGAUGAGGAAGCCAAGUCUGAUCCAAAAAAGAAACCAUAUACCGUGUUCAGCCCUCAGGUCUAUAUGGAAACUGCUUGGGAAGCAGCCAGCACACAAGUUACCCAAAACACGGGGAAAAGUCUUCAUAAUAUAAGCCUAAGAAAGUGGUGGGAUCGCGAUAUUCGUUUACUUGAAAGCAUGUGUAGAGACGGCAAUGCCCCUGCCGUACGGCUGCUGCUAAAGGAAGGCUGCAAUCCAGGAACUGUACAGAAACCCCGAGCUUCGCCCCUUCUUGCUGCUGUCAAAGGUGGAACUGCUCAGCACUACAAGUGUGUUCAGGCACUGAUGAGAAGCGGCGUGAACUUGGAUGUUAAAGACAAGAGAACAGGCAAGACUGCACUUCAACUGGCUAUUGAGAAGCCAAAUUUUAAAGGUCACACCAAUCUCGUGAGAGAUCUUGCUGCUGGAGGUGCAAAAAUCAACACCAAAGAUUAUAAUGGCGAGGGUCCGAUUCAUAGUGUGUUUCGCGAUGAAGGAUCAUUACACCUUGAGAAAUUCCGCCUAGAUGCACUGGCAUGUUUACUGAAGGCCGACAUAAACGGCGAAGCCGAUGUUAACGUGCCUACUGGUCAUGAACUCAGCUGUCCCCUCCACCUUGCUGUUCGACGAAAUAGUCCUGUGGCUGUGGGGAUGCUGUUAUACAAAGGGGCGGAAAUCAAUGCACGAAAUUCGUUUGGACUUACACCACUUCUUAUGGCCGCAACACAAUGGGAAAGCCAGCUCAGAGAAGAUCAGGAGACGGUCUUAAAAUUGCUUUUGCAGUCUCCAGAUGUUCAAGUGAACGAAAAGUCGGGUAUGAAGAUGCAAACAGCAUUACACCAGGCAGUUCUUCACGCUUCCCCGUCGGCUGUAAAAAUACUCGUGGAUUUCAAUGUAAGUACGUCAAUUCGGAAUACAGAUGGUAAGACCGCUUUGGGUCUAGCCACUGAUUUGGAUGGAAAGAAAUGGAAAGAAGAAAAGAAGCGCAUCUUGGAAAUUCUAAAAUCCCAAAAAUAG